CACACUCUCUCUCUUUCUCCGCUUCCACCGAACAUCAACCUCCCACCACCAACACUCCUCGGCAUUCCUGCAAACCUCCCGCCAAGAUGUUCUUCUUCGGCCUAGGGAAACUCUUUUACGUCGUCAUCCUCUUUAUCAACUCCCUCGCCAUCCUCUCCGAAGACCGCUUCCUCGCCAGAAUCGGCUGGGGCCGCAUGCAAGCCGACGCAGCCUUCGGCGCAACCUACGACAACACCAGCGUCAAGGCCAAAACCAUCAAUCUGAUCGCCAGUGUCCGGACCGUCAUGCGAAUACCCUUAAUCGUGAUCAAUACCAUCGUCAUCAUCUACGAGCUUAUCCUGGGUUAAUUUUACCCCAAGCAAAAAAAGAAAUCAUUCGAUGCCUCUCAACAGCUUCUCGACUUGUUUUUACCCGCAACUCACGAAUCCCGAUUUGUUAUGUAUACCUUGUCUACCUACAUAUUCUUAUACUAUAUUUCAGCAGCGAAAUUCUACGAGAUGUUCCCU